AGGAGGGAUGUUCUGAUCUCGCUCCGGCAAACGCGCCAGCCAUGAGCGUUGUUUCAGCUCCGCGGCAGUCUGCGCCAUCUCCAUUUUCAGUGGAUGGUUCUGCAGUUGCACCAUGGAAUUCGAGUGCCAUCGGGAGGUGCUGGAGGGCGGCCUCUUGGGCACUGAGCUCUGCCAUGAGGGUCGACAUGGCCACCGUGUGCCCUGGAGGCAAUACGCGUGCUUGGCCACCUGGUUUAUGCUGCUGCUGGUGCAGUACUGCGUUGUGCGCUUGGUGUGCCAGCUGGGAGUUCCCAGAGACUGCCACCCAGACAGCAGCCUGUUGGAGGUGAUGCACGACUUCCAGGUGAUGUUCAUAAUGGGCUUCCUUCUGGCGGUCCUCACCGGGGUGCAUCUGCCCUCACGGUUCGAGUACCUCUUCCGCUUCAGCCGGCCCCGGCCCCGCGGCCUGGCCUUCCUAGCAGUGAUGACCCUCAGCGGCCCCGGUUGGGGUGCCUUGGACCUUGUGCCGGCACUCACCACGAUCUCCUUGACCACUGCCUUCUUCAGGGAGAGCUGGGUGAACGUGAUGAUCGGUGUGGGCAUCGCCAGCUGUGCUUUCGCCUUUCUGCUCUGGCACUUCGUGUGCGCCUACCGACACAACCCCCUCUCAGGUUUCUUGGCCUACAGCGUCUCCCGGCUCUCGAUUUGGAUCUUCUAUGCCUCGUAUCUCUAUGUGGCGUCGCAGACGGCAGGGGUCUACAUUCAUUUGCACCACUACAUCAUCGGUUUCCUGGUGGCGCUGCUGGCGGAGUUCAACCAUCCGAUCUCUCUGGUUCUGCUCGCUGCAGGAACGGGCGUCUUUGUGCAGGGCAUAUCUGC